AUGGAAAGUGUAUUAAACGAUUUUGUGCACCAAAUGGAAAGCCUAGAGGACAGCUUAGACAUGUAUGCCAUAAGCUGUGAGCACACAGGUUGGGUACGUAGAGGACGCGAGAAAGACGGAGCAAAAUAUACCGGUCAUACGGUUGGCGACGUAAUGAAAUGCAGACUAAUGGUAGGUGCAUUAUUUUUCAUACCUGGGUGGAGCAAUCCAAUGCACAAUGAUAAGGACCCAUCGGCAAAUAAUACGGCCAUGAAGGCUAUUAUGAGGUGCAUCGUGGCCAAUGUUUUUAUGUAUAUAUUGGCUGCAAUACCGUGUGGCCACGAGUGGCUAGGACCAGACUGGGCAUGGCACAUCAUGCGGAAUCUUGCAGUGGGCACCGGAGCCCAGUCUAAUCCGAUUUUCAACGGCACAUGUGAACUGGAUGAGUACAAGGAUACUAACAUAGGCACAGGGAACUUACAGGAAGCGGUAAAACAAUGGUUACAGCAAAGUAGAAAGAUAAGUGCUAGUAUAAAAGCAAUACAGAAGCACCCAAAGUGCAACAUACCAUGGGGACAGUACAAGAAAGAAAUGGAAGCCAGAGGAGAAGCUGCAGAUAGUUUCAGUAUGUUUAAAGAGGAGGGCAUGCAAGGUUUAGUGAAAAAGCAGAUGCAAGACAUGUUUAAGACAAUUACCAAAACAGUAAGAAAAAAGGUGGAAAAGGCGCGAAAAAGGGUGGAGGUUUCCGUGGACUCUCCGGAUAGUGAUGUUGAAUCUGAGGACGAGGAAGAGCAGAAGAAAUCGACAGUUCACAAGGAGCAACCACUCAAUGGCAAAUCACCCGCCACAAAAACUAUAGUACCAACAGGAGGAGGGGGACAAAAGGAAGAGAAGGACACAAGACGUGAUGCGGAAAACAUGAAUGGUAAGGCAAGUACACUAGGCACAUCCUCGGGUAAUGGCACAAGCCAAUAUGGCACAGAAGUUGGAACUACGAAUGCAAGUACAGUUGGAACGACCACCGUAUCGUUGAGUGAUGGAACGGACGUGGGAACGCGGGGCACACGUAAUUUUUACGACGGUCGUGCAACGGAUAUUCCCGUGAAGAACACGGUGUUCGAUGAUAUGCGAAGAAAUUUUAAAUCCAAGGUCAAAGUACAGAAGCCAAACCACGUGAAGAAGUCAUCGCAGGAUAUAACUGCAGGGAAUAAUUGUAGAAGAGGUUUGAAGACAUUGAUACGUUGUAAAAUGGGAAGGAAAACAUGGUCAAUACUUAUAGUAGUCUUCACAGUCCUGUAUUCAUCCUUUAUGUCCAUUAUGCAACAGCUCAUGUCGUGGGGGUUUCCGACUGGAAUAGCAGACUUUUUCUCGCCGAUCAUUAGCAUGUAUGGAAUCCCCAUAUUGAUUCCAAUUAUCUAUUUGUGUGUGUUAGUAUGCUUUUGCUGCUCCAAGACAGGGAAAUGUUUAUUGGAUAAAAUGUGGAAGAAGAAGGAGAAGGAUGAAUCUCCCACAGAAACUAAAAACAACGAAGGAGAAGUAAAUAAGAAACAGGAAGCACUUAAAGAGCCAGUAACAUUUCAGAAACAGGAAGGACCUACGAAGAAGGAAGCACCUGGCACAGCAGGUGUUCCGAAGAAACUGGAAGCACCUAAGAAAACAGAAUAUCUGAGUAACACACAGGAGAAUAUUGUGUCCAUAUUAUACUCAAGCCGUUAUCUGCGAGAUAAUGCUUUCAUUCGUUUCAUUAUAUUGGUUUAUGGUUGUGACAAUAUGUCGUAUGAGACGUUGGGAAAGUUAUUAGCAAAAUAUGUGCUCAAACGGGGAAUAGGGGCGGAUGGACAGGCAUAUACGCAAACUUUAUGGAAAGAUGUAGAAGCGCUACUUGACAAAUUUGUGGAAUAUUUGGAAGAUGAGGAAAUAGACAUCUAUGCAUCUAAUUGUUUGAACGCGGGUUAUAGGAGUCUGAGGAAACCUGGAAUACUUAUGGUACAGAAAGUAGCGGAUAGACUAAUGUGCACACUUAUGUCACGAGCAUUAUUUUUCAUGAACAGGUGGCCGAGGAGCUCCGGGGUUUCGCACGAGACAGAAGAUGAGAAUGCAGCGUUGAAGGAAUAUAUAAGGUGCGCCAUAGUAAAUAUAUUUAUGCAUAUACUAAAUGCAUCUGUAUGCAGAAGUCAAAUGGGCAUACAUUAUGCAUGGGAGACUGUCACAUACUUGCAGGAGACUAUGCCUGGAUUAAUUAAGCAAGGAAAAUGGCGGAUGGGGGUGUUUACAGACAUAAAAAUACAGGAAUUAGAAAUGGGGGAAAAUAUUAAGGCAUGGUUAAUACACAACGGAAGAGUAACAGGACAAGUUGGAGGCAACGCAAUGAAAAGCACAUGUAGGAAAAGGAUACACGAACUCGUAGGCGCCACACCGGAUGCACAUGCCAUGCUUGACAACACAGACCUCAGGCCCGAGGAGGAAGAAGCUAUACGUGAGUUAGGCCACGAACUGAAGGUCAUAGUUGAGCACGUAAAGACAGAAGUAGUGCAAUGUGCGCGGGAAAAUGGAGUAUCCACGCACACUAACGAAGACGCAACCAGUACAGAUAUCGACGAUGACGUCCAUGAGGCCACAGCACCCAACUCUGUCGCCGGCGGCACACCAGCACCACCACUCGGCAGCGGACCACAACCUUCGACACCGGACCCGCCGACGCCGGCAAAUACAACACCAGAGAAGCCAAAUAAAGGACCCGUAGCACAGCACAGCGCAGCUCCCUCGUUGAGUCCAGAUGUGCGGCCAAGACGGUAG